ACCGAAAUGGAUAAAAACAAAAUGAAUGUGACUGAAUUCAUUCUCAUGGGGCUGACACAGAAUUCUGAGAUGCAAAAAUUUCUAUUUUUUGUCCUACUUAUCACCUACAUUGUCACUGUCACAGGAAACCUGCUCAUUGUCAUUACUGUAAUCUGCAGCCAGACGUUGGACUCCCCGAUGUACUUUUUCCUGGCAUUCUUGUCCCUGAUAGAUGCAUGCUACUCCUCUUCCAUAAUCCCUAAAAUGUUAGCUGAUUUGCUUUCUGACACAAAAACUGUCUCAUUCAAUUUCUGCGUGACACAACUUUUUCUUGAACAUUUCUUAGGAGGUUCAGAGAUUGUCCUCCUUGUGGUCAUGGCCUACGACCGUUACGUGGCCAUCUGUAGACCCCUGCACUACGUGACUGUGAUGAACUACAACAUGCGCUGCAUCCUGGUGGGGGUGUGUUGGACAGUGGGCUUUCUCCACUCCUUUGGGCAGAUUCUAGUCACGUUCUGGCUCCCAUUCUGUGGCCCUAACAAGAUAGAUCACUUCAUGUGUGACAUCUUUCCCCUAAUACAGCUUGCCUGCACUGACACUUUCCUCCUUGGGCUCUUGGUUGCUGCUAACGGUGGAGGAAUGUCCAUCAUCACCUUUAUUGUAUUGUUGUUAUCCUAUGUGGUCAUCCUGUGCUCUCUGAGAACUCGUAGCUCUGCAGGGAAGAAAAAGGCCCUGUCCACCUGUGGCUCCCACAUCACAGUGGUCGUCUUGUUCUUUGGGCCCUGUGUUUUUUUGUAUUUACGACCAGUGGCUAGUUUUCCCAUGGAUAAACUAGUGACAGUAUUUUAUACUCUGGUCACUCCCAUGUUAAAUCCUAUCAUCUACACAGCAAGGAAUACAGAAGUAAAAAAUGCCAUUAGAAUGUUAUUAAGCAGGAAAACGAUUUUAGAAAGUAAAUAA